AUGAAGCAGUCAGAGGUAUCAAUUGGUACGUCUUUGCGCCCUAACGGCAACACGACCUUACGGCUCUUUCCAACGACUCGACCCGAAAUACCUAUUUCCGUACCAUUGUCCAUCCUCGAUUGCACAUCAGCUCGCUUCGCCCCAACAGGAUGUAUCUGGAUCUUCGACCAUCAUGUUACAAUGCCUGACCAUUAUACCCUCCUAAACCGUCUAAGAAAGUCUUUCGUUGCUACCCUCGACGAGUUCCCGCAAUGGGCAGGUCAAAUACGAUGGACACCCUUCGAUCCGGAUGGUGGCUAUACGGAACGAUUCAACCGUAUUAAAUUGGUAUAUGGAUCCGUUAAUGACCCCGGCGUGGAAUGGAAAAUAGUUUACUAUCCCUCAUACUCAUCAAACCGAUUCGCACCCACGCCAUCCGAAAGAGCAUCAAUGACAGUCUGGCGAGAAGAUGAAUUUGAGCAAUCACGACUGAUUUCAAAUUGUGAUCUGGCAUUACAUGACUUGGAAAGCUGGAAGGGUCUACCGGGAAUGUCGGUGCAGAUCAGUCUCUUUGGCGACGGCGGAUAUGCGAUUGGGAUAAAAUUGGCACAUGUUCUGGGUGAUGCACAGUCAUUGAUGAUCUUUGUACACAGGUGGGCAGCUAAAAGUCGGGAUAUCGACCAUAUUACAGGCAGUUUCCCGUACUCCGACUUUCCUAUUUUCGAUCCGAAGCAGUUGGAUGGCCAUGCAUCUGGUGAUAUCCACGGGUUUGAUAUCGAUCCUCAUCUCGCAGUCGCCGCUCGCGUAUUGCCUUUGCAUAGAUACGAUUGUUGGGAAGUCGAUGCUCCCGACUUUCCGCCCUUUUUUGCGGAGACACUAGAAAAAAUCAUACCCCCGUCAUCAUUUCUCGAGAAAGCCAAGCUAUCGCCUGCAGAUUCGGCUCCUUGGUCAUCAUGGGACCCUUCGAGACCAGUCAGCUAUGCCUACAUACAUUUUGGUUGA